CCCGAUCGGAGGCGAUUGCCCCGAAUGAACUGUAAAUGUUAAUAUUUAUUUCGCAAAAAACAUGUUUGCGCUUCAAUUGUGCUGGCAUUGAUUGUCUCGUGGGGGUCUCAACCUCGGCAGACGGCCGUCGCAAGCUGGGCGAUUUGGUAGGCCGCGUCGCCAGCUGCACCUGUCCGAACACCGCACAAGGAGCACCAGUGAAGUGCAUGCAACAUGGCGAAGAUGGCGGACAAGGGACUCUUUUGUACACAGUAAGUUUUCUAUCUCCUGCAAUAAUAGCGUCGUGCGCUGCGGACAACAACUGCAUCAAGACGGCCGACCGUCUCUGCCGCCUCUUCGCAAUAAUCUCAAGGCAAGAUAUCAACUGGACGAAAAGCGCGGUUCGUCCUGCAACAGUGGGAUUAUUCAGUGUGGCACAGCGCAGAUUGAUCCGGAUGCAGCUGUCGAUAUGUUAAAACCGCACAACGAAUGCAAAGAUUGCUUGAUCAGCGGCGAUAAUUCAAACCGGCGCACACUUUGCCAUCAGAAGUGCCUCAAUAGCAUGCGUGGCGGCAAGUCUAUUCACUCGAAUCGUGCACAAAAGUGGGAAAAGUUGCGUGCCAAAAUGGACUGCCAACAUCCUUCAACUUCUGAUGUCACCAGUGCCUCCUCAGUUGAAGACGACUCCCUGGGCGCUGCAGAUCUGAAACGCCACGCAAAUACCUCAUCAUCCAUGCAGCUAGAUAAACAGUGGAAUAUUGAUGCGCCUGAGUUUGUGCCGCGCACACGCUUCAACUCAACCAGCAAUGCCGAGAAGCGCCUGUGUCCGUUUGCUGCCGGCGAUGGUUUCUGCAAGUAUCCGCCUGGCGAGUGCACCUACCUCCAUGGUACUGUUUGCGACAUGUGUGGCAAGCCGGCGCUGCAUCCUUUCAACGAAGAGGCGCGCAAGAAGCACACGCAAGAGUGCAUCAAACGUCACGAACGCGAUAUGGAACAUGCGUUUGCUGUCGCGCGCUCUAAGGAGAAGAUCUGCGGUAUUUGCUUCGAGGUGAUCAUGCAGAAGAACACCGAGGAGCAGCGUUUUGGGAUCUUACCGAGCUGCAAUCACUGCUUUUGUCUCACCUGCAUCAGGCGAUGGAGGCAGUCGAAGCAAUUCGAGAAUAAAAUCAUCAGAUCGUGCCCAGAGUGUCGUAUACCAUCCGACUUUGUGUGCCCGAGUGCAUACUGGGUGGACACGAAGGAGGACAAGCAGAAGGUGAUCGACAAAUACAAGUCGGCGCUGGCGAAGAAGGAUUGCAAGUACUUUCGUUUCGGACGGGGACACUGCCCGUUCGGUAACAAGUGCUUCUAUCGGCACUGCUUGCAGAACGGCAAGCGUAUCGAUGUCGGCCCACCGCCAUCCACAAACGGCGUGGGCGGCGGUGCCGAGGCACUCCUCGACUUCCCCAACAGCGUCGAGAUCAUACAGAGUUUGCUGGCCGCGAUCGAUGUGGCCGAGGACGAUGACGAAUCAAACAUUUUUUUUGAAGUUUUCGAAGAUUACUGUCUCCUGGACGCGAUGUUUAACUUGCUAUCAACGGACACUGACUAAACACACUUCCAAUACACUAGAAAUGAAUACUUAGGAAUCAAAAAAUUGAAACUAAAACUUGAAAGACUUGAUCAAAUUUAACGCAAAAAUAAUUACGCUUCUGGGGAAAGGGUGUCGAAUAAAACAAAUGAAUUUUUACUUGUUUUCUUUUUUACUUUUACGUUUAUUAUAUUUUUUACUUUAUAUGGUUUAAAAUGUAUCAUUAACACGUAGAAAUGUAAAAAAAAAACAUUAUUAUCAGCUGUGAUGUAUGAGUAGCACUCAAGUAGAAAUUAGGGCCUACCGAUUUAUUGAUUUCAUGUGCGCGUACAUGGUGUUCAUUGUUUUAAGCGCUCAUUGUUAAGUCGAUUGUUCCGGCGCAAUUUGCGCGAAAGGCACCGAGUUUAUGUGAUAAAUUUGAGUAUUUUCAAUUGUUCUUUUUUAUAAAUCAGGCGUUUGCGAUGCAUGUCUUUUUUCUUUAUUGAUUUCGCAAGGCACCAUGUAUAUGCUUUUCUUACGUUUGGUAGAUGAAAACGCGUUUAACAAGAGUGCAGCGCGAACCAGUAACUAUUGCUCAUAAUCGUAAUAACAAUUUAAUACAAAUAAAAAAUACAACAAUUUUUCAUUACGAAUACCACUUAUACAUAAAGAAAAAACACAUACAAAACAUACAAGAAAUUUAUAUUAUAUAUAUAUUAUAUAUAUACAUAUAUUAUUGUAUCAUUAGAUUUACCUAUAUAUAUAUUUGAGACAAAUAUCUAUUUGUACUGCUCGAUUAUGAAAAUAAUUAUGAAUACUAUGAGAAACAAACCAAUAAACAACGCAACGGAACAAAAGCAACCAAAACCUACCAAAUACCAAUAAACCACACACGUAGUUGACGCCUAGUUGAUGAGGGUGGAGAUUUGAGAAUAUUGUGAAUUUUGUAUACGUUUAGAGUUUAAAUUUAUGCGGCCGGCGGGGCGGUGAGCGCGCCACCAGUCCAGACUGAAUUCGAAAAGCAAUUUGACGAAAAAUAAAAACGUUUAAAGAUAAAUAUCACGCAAUACUUGCUUUAGUCGCCUCUCGUUUUCCCUCGGGAGCGCACACGCCGCCGCCGGCCGACCGUCGCUUAUCGAUGUCACAACUACCAUUUUUGAUCCUUGAUGAAUACUUACGAACAAAUGUUGAUGAGUAAGACACGCUGGCAGAGGGAAGCUCUAAGUAAUCAUAACGUAAUGUCAAUGUAAAAUGUAUAUUCGAUGAUAUAAUGAUAUAGUGAUUUCUAAUAAGAUUUGUGCUAAUAUUAAAUUUUAUAUUUUUCAAAUGUACUUAUGUGGUGCAUUCGUAAUAAAAUAUAUGAAUACGA